GUCGGAUUCAUCUUGUGUUGUCAAUGCCUUUUCAAUUUUAUAAAUAGUAGCAAUAAUUAUAUUAGUGCAUUUUUUAUUUGUAAUUUAUUGAAAGUACAGAAAAUUCGAUCACUUUGAGAAGCUAUGGAAAAGUGGAUAUAAGUGUGGAGCUGUUUAUUGUUGAAUAUUAUUCAUUUUUAUUGUGUAAUGUAUCCCUACGUCAGCGCUUGGUCUUUUAUUUGAUUAUUGAACAUGGAUCAAGCACAGGGUAGUGUUUCUGGGUCUGAUCUUCAUCAACUCAGUAUAACUGUGGAAUGCGCUCACCUGAGAUCGAGUACCCUGCUGAAGCCGACACCGUACGUGGAAAUAAUAGUAGACGAGAAAACCCCGCAAAAAACGGAAACGGUUAAAACGAAUUCGCAGCCGAAAUGGAACGAGACCUUCACCUGCUUGGUCACGCCCCAUUCAAAAAUCCUCUUUUCAGUCAAAGACCACAACAAUUUCAGAAAAGACACGGUCAUCGGCGAAAAGAAAAUCGACCUGUUUACGUUACUGUUCCAUUUCAACGGCAAAUGCGACAAUUUGGAUCUAACGUUGGAUCUCAUGAGCGACUCGAAGCAAUCGGACGCUCCGUUGAAAGUCGGCGAAUUGGUGUGCUCGCUUAAGGGUUUGGUGGUCGACAUGUCCUCGUACGUGCGAUCCAACGAUUCCCUGCCGUUAGGCCCGCUGGGACCCAGCAAUACAGAAGGACCAUCCAACAGGAACGUUUUUAUGAACGGCAUCAAGGCGAAGCUGAAGAGCCAAGGCGCCGAGAACGUGGUGCCCAGUCUUUCUUCUUCUUCGACGUCUUCUAUGACGUCUUCGUCGAGAAGCAGCACCGAGCGAAUAGAACCGAGAAGGAGUCAAGUGAAUUCGGUAGCGAGCGGACCCGUUUCGGUUUCAUCGAGCAAUAACAGCAUACCGAAUGGAUGCAUUGGCCCGCCCGUAACUGUGCCAAAUGGCAAUAUCGUACAUAAUGAAACUGAAGAAAAUAGAACUGAUAAUGAACCUUUGCCCCCAGGUUGGGAAAUGCGAUUUGAUACGUACGGACGUAGAUAUUACGUCGAUCACAACACAAGGUCGACUUCGUGGGAAAGGCCCCAACCUUUGCCGCCCGGAUGGGAAAUGAGGCGAGAUCCGAGAGGUCGAGUGUACUACGUGGAUCACAACGCCAGAACCACCACGUGGCAACGACCGAACUCGGAGAGAUUGCAACAUUACCAACAGUGGCAAGGGCAAAGGCAACACAUUGUAUCCCAAGGUAAUCAACGUUUCUUGUAUCCUCAACAUCAACCGGCGCCUGUCCCAGGUCCUUCUGUUAUAACGGAAGAGGACGAUGGUUUGGGGCCUCUGCCGGCUGGCUGGGAAAGGCGCGUUCAACCAGAAGGUCGAGUGUAUUUCGUUAAUCACAAAAACCGUACCACCCAAUGGGAGGAUCCUCGGACUCAAGGGCAGGAAAUCAGCGACGUGGAGGAAUUGCCGUUGCCGCCGGGAUGGGAAAUUCGAUACACCGAAGAUAACAAACGGUAUUUCGUGGAUCACAAUACGAAGACUACGACGUUCGAUGACCCCCGUCCGGGGGCGCCCAAAGGUCCGAAGGGUGUGUACGGAGUGCCCAGGGCUUACGAGCGAUCGUUUAAAUGGAAAAUUAGCCAAUUUAGGUUUUUGUGUCAAAGUAACGCUUUACCUAGUCACAUAAAGAUCCAAGUAACGAGACAAACGCUGUUUGAAGAUUCGUUCCAUACUAUCAUGCGUUUGCCGGCGUACGAGCUACGCAGGCGAUUGUACAUCAUAUUCAAAGGUGAAGAGGGGCUGGAUUAUGGCGGUAUAAGCAGGGAAUGGUUUUUCCUGGUGUCGCACGAGGCGCUCAAUCCGAUGUAUUGCCUGUUCGAGUACGCCAACAAGAAUAAUUACAGUUUACAAAUCAAUCCCGCUUCGUACGUGAAUCCGGAGCAUUUGACUUAUUUCAAGUUUAUAGGGAGGUUUAUAGCGAUGGCUCUGUACCACGGCAGGUUUAUUUAUUCGGGCUUUACGAUGCCUUUUUACAAGCGAAUGUUGGCCAAGAAACUCGUAAUGAAAGAUAUCGAAAGCAUCGAUCCGGAGUUCUACAAUUCUUUAGUUUGGAUCAAAGAAAACAACAUAGACGAUUGCGGUUUGGAGCUGUUUUACAGCGUCGAUUUCGAAGUUUUAGGGCAGAUAGUGCAUCACGAAUUGAAGAAAAACGGAGAUAAGGAAAAAGUUACCGAGGAAAACAAAGAGGAAUAUCUAACGCUAAUGACCGAUUGGAGAAUGACCAGAGGCAUCGAGCAGCAAACGCAGGCGUUCCUCGACGGUUUCAACGAAGUGGUACCCAUCGAAUGGCUCAAAUAUUUCGACGAAAGGGAACUGGAGCUGCUGCUGUGCGGCAUGCAGGAAAUCGACGUCGAAGAUUGGCAAAGGCACACCAUUUACAGGCAUUACACGAGAAGUAGCAAACCGGUUGUAUGGUUUUGGCAGUUUGUGAAGCAAUCCGAUAACGAGAAGCGCGCGCGUCUGUUGCAAUUCGUAACCGGUACGUGCCGGGUGCCCGUUGGCGGUUUCGCCGAGUUGAUGGGUUCGAACGGACCGCAGCGGUUCUGCAUCGAGAAGGUGGGCAAGGAAUCUUGGCUGCCGCGUUCGCAUACGUGCUUCAAUCGGCUCGAUUUGCCGCCUUACAAGAGCUACGAGCAGCUGGUCGAGAAGCUGACGUACGCUAUCGAAGAGACCGACACCUUUGGACAGGAAUGAACACGUUAACAUGUACCUGAUUCCGACACAUAAGUCUUGUUGUUUUUAACUAUUGUUUGGUUUUGGUGGAUUUUACUAAGUUGCGUUCCGCAGGGUUCGUACAGAGAGGAAGACUGGAUGUGUUUGAAAAAAAAAAGUAUUGACUGCACGUUGUAGGGUAAUCGUUGACAAAAUUCGAUCAUUGCAUAGUACUACACGGUUUUUUUCAAAUUUCUUGUUAACUUUUAAUACAAAUUUAAGAUGUUCCGUUUUUCUUUCUGGAUUUAUCUGUACUCGUUUAGAGUUUGUAGCAUCCCGAUUCUAAGACUUCUUAUUGAUCUCUGUGUAUUUGAUCAAUAUACGUAAACUUUGAUGUGCUGUUUACACUGCUAAUUGAAGAAUUCUUGGCAACCAAUUUAUUUUUGAUGAAAAAAAAAAUUACUUCGUUCGGUUUCAAAUAAACAGUGGCAACUCGAUUUUUUAUUUUCAUAAUAACUUUAAUACUCUUUACUGUACUUUAAGGUAAAUUACGAAAGAUAUAUUAAGACUGAUUUUUCUGUGACCAAUAAUAAUGGAUAAAAAUUAAAGGAAUAUUUUUAUAGUCUAUCAAGUUUCUUUUUGGCUUCAAUUUAUUAGAGAAUACUCAUAUACUAAAUAGGUUAUGAAAUUUUAAUAACUACGAACCCCGCAAGACAUGAAUAAUUUUCUAAUGUUACUGAAAUUGCCAAUUUUUUCAAGAAAUAAAUUAGCUGAGAAUGUGCAAAGGGUUACUUCAAAUUCAAAAACGUGAACUGAAGUUAAUUGCUGAAUUUUAUGAAUGAUUCCAGGUCUUCAAUUAGCAAUUCACAUUACUUGUUGCUCGAAGGAAAGUAGUUGUCGAUAACAGUAAAAAAUAUUUCUCCUUCACUCAGUAUUCACCACCCAUAUUUAACUGUAUUUAAUUAAAUGUGAUAUCUAGAAUAUAUUGGCCUAUUUUUGCUGUUAGACAUAGUCUCAAUGUACAUAUUAACUGUAGAAUUAUUAAAGAGAUUAGUGUAUUUUUGAAUUUAACCUGUAACAAGGAACAUUCCCGACUAAUACUAAACAAUGUAAGAGAUUAUUAAUAUGAUGUGUAAAGGCCUCAGUGGAAAACCAAAGGUUUUAAUCGUUUUCUAUUUAUUUUUAUUAAUUCUUAUACUGUAUAUUUUACUUUCUUCGUUUCUUUGUAAAUGUAAAGGUAUAUAGAUGUAAAUAAUCAGACUGUAUAUAAUAGAAACACAAUAAAUUAUGAUUUAUUUCA